AUGGAGAAGUAUGAGCGUUUGGGAAAAAUCGGGGAAGGUUCAUAUGGAGUAGUUUAUAAAUGUCGACAUAAGGAGACGGGAAAUAUAGUUGCAAUUAAGAAAUUUGUCGAGACCGAAGAUGAUCCUGCUAUCAAGAAAAUCGCCUUGAGGGAGAUUCGAAUGCUCAAGCAACUUAAACAUCCAAAUCUCGUCAGUUUGAUAGAAGUUUUUAAACGAAAUAGAAAACUGCAUUUGGUGUUCGAGCACUGCGACAGGACUGUUUUACACGAUUUGGAAAAAUACCCCAACGGAGUUCCAGAAGAACAUGUUAAAAGGAUUACUUAUCAAUUACUUGAAGCUUUAAGAUUUUGUCAUGCCCAUAAAUGUAUUCAUAGAGAUGUUAAACCUGAGAAUAUUCUGAUUACUAAGAAUGAUAUGGUUAAACUGGCUGAUUUCGGAUUCGCACGAAUAAUAAACACUUCUGAAAUGUACACAGACUAUGUGGCUACGCGAUGGUAUCGCAGCCCAGAAUUGUUAGUUGGUGACACAUCGUAUGGCCCACCUGUAGACGUAUGGGCAGUAGGAUGCGUACUGGCUGAACUGAUUACAGGAGAAGCUUUAUGGCCCGGCCGUAGUGACAUAGACCAGUUAUAUCUUAUUCGAAAAACUAUCGGCGAACUUCUGCCCAGGCAUAUGUCCGCUUUCCGUUCCAAUCAAUUCUUCUUUGGUUUGACGAUACCUGAACCUGACCAACAGGAACCUUUGCCAAUUAAAUUACCGAAUGCUUCUAGUACACAACUUGACUUCUUAUAUAAAUGCUUUGAAAUGAAUCCAGACAGAAGAUGGUGUUGUAUGGAGUUAUUACAGCAUCAAUACUUCCAUGGAUGGACAUUGAAGUUAAAAUCAGAGGAUGGCAGUACUCCGAUUGUCAAAAAGAACCCGAAUAACUAUUUACCCUAUUUGAACGGAAAUCAUGUUGGCAACAAACAACAAUCCAUACAAGCCACGAAUAAUAAUCGAAGUUAUCUGCCGGCCAUUUAA